GGAGUGCGGAUUUCGAACGGCUAAUAGGUCCAACCUAUCUCGACAUAUGAGAACUCAUACAGGCGAAAAGCCCUACAGGUGUGACCAAUGUGACUAUUCUACUACACGCAAAAGCAUUUUAAACCGACACAUGGCUAAACACACUGGCAACAAACCCUACAUGUGUGAAGAGUGCGGAUACAGGACGGCUGACAGGUCCUACUUGACCAUACAUGUGAAAAAACAUACAGGUGAGAAACCUUACAAGUGUGACCAGUGCGACUUUUCUGCUGCACAUAAAGUUUCUUUAGACCUUCACCUUACUAAACACAGCGGAGAAAAACCCUUCAUGUGUGGACAGUGCGAAUACAGGACUGCUCUCAGGUCUCAACUAUCCGAACAUAUGAGAACACAUACAGGUAUGAAACCUUAUAAAUGUGACAAGUGCGACUAUUCUGCUUCAUGCAAAGGCAAUCUAGUCAAACACAUGCAUAAACACACCGGCGAGAAACCCUACAUGUGUGGAGAGUGUGGAUUCAGGACGGCUGACAGGUCUUCCUUAACUGUACAUUUGAGAAGACAUACAGGUGUGAAACCUUACAAGUGUGACCAGUGCGACUAUUCCGCUGCACAGAAAUGCCACUUAGACCAACAUGUGGCUAAACACAAUUGCGAAUAACGCAACGUUCAGUGAGUGUAGGUACAGAACGGCUGUAAUCCAUGAUCGUUUAUGGUAAAUAUGACAAACCAUUUACGUGUAAGCAGUGUGACUAAAUACACCGAAACACAACAAUACCGUGUGUAAACAGACACAGGACGAGACACACUAUACAUGUGACUAUAGUGUGUAUAUAAUAAUCCAUAUGAUAAUAAGUACUUAAGUAUCCAGCCUCGUACAAAAAUACAGUUGUAGACGUAAAACAAAAAUGUGAUCGGUGCGUCUAUUCUGCUUCAAGUAAAAGUAGUUUACACUUACACGUGGCCGAGCCUGUAAACUACCCAACCCUACAUGUGCGGUAUGCCCAUCUCAUCACUGAACCUUGAUAGUUGUUGUUGCAAACAUGAAUAUUGAAUGACUCCAUUUGAGGACAAUAUUCUGUAUCCAACAUUGUAUUUUUGCUGUAAUAAGAAGUUGAUACUCUUAGAUAACAAUGCUAGGAAGUGGUAACUUGAUAACUUGCCAAACGUAGAUAUAGUACUGACCGUUAUUGAGUUUAUUCUUAUGUUAUUUCAUGCACGUGGAAACGUGGUCAUAUUUCAUGCAUUGUUUUAACAUUAUUAUUCACAUCA